AUGUGGAUCCUGGACUCGACUGGAGACUUUCUAAACGGGAAGCGGUUAUGGCUGCGUCCCGGGAAGGAGUACCUCUUCGGGCGCAUCCUGGUGGAUGACGGCAUGGUGUUCCUUCUAGUGCGCCAUGCUAUUCCGAACAAGUCAAUCUCCAGGAAACAUAUGGUCGUUCAUGUGUCCCAAGUCGGGCCUCUCGAUGGACAGACUCGGACACACGUGAGGACGACUAUCACCGUAACCGAUCUCAACUCGAGUCGUGGGACCGUUGUAAAUGGUGAAAAGAUUGAAGGCAAGCGGGUGCUCAGGGGAGACGAGCACAGUAUCAUGCUCGGGCAUUAUCCACAUGCGUUGCGGAUCAAGUGGGAGCCAGUGAUACUUAGCUUCUCGUUUUCUUCUAAAGAGAUGCGAGCAGACGAUCCUCUCGCUAGGGUUCGCGCUCGUCUCGAAAGCCUCGAUAUUAAAACUGUCAUUCCGUUCUUGGUCAACCAGACCACCCACGUCGUGCAAAGCAAACGAAACACAGCCAAAGGCCUUCAGGCCCUGAUCAACGGCAAAUACAUUGUCGAGUACUCAUAUGUCGACGCACUCGUCUAUGCAGCUACUCCCAGUGACCUCGAGAACGACGCGUCCUUGUCGCCGCUGGAAAUCGACUUUGACUCAGCCUGGCCAGACCCAGCCGAACACCUUCCACCCGCUGGAAAUGAACCGAUCAGCCGUCCCGCUGCGGCUUUUGCCCCCAACCCGUCGCGAGUGAAUGUCUUUGAAGGGUACACCUUUGUUUUCGGAGACCCGGCCCAGUUCGAGAAUUUGCAAGCGGCAAUCAAUAAUGGCCAGGGGAAGGCUCUCCUUUACCAGAUCAAAGAUGGAGAAACUACGGCAGCGGAGAUUGUACAGUUCAUGAGAUCUGCUGCAGGUCGAAAAGGUAUUGGUGCCGACAGAGACGGGUCAGGCGGCGUAGUGCUUGUGCGAUUCCGUUCGAAAGGACGGUUCGAGCCUUGGUCCAUCGAUGUGGGCAACGAAGUCGCUCUGAUGACAGACCAGCGAGUCAUCGAGCAGCGAGAAUUUUUAGAUGCCAUUUUGGGCAAUGACGCCUCGCCACUUUGUCGCCAGCUUCCCCGCGAGGAAGGCGAGAGUCAGGCUUCUCCUUCUGCCGCGCUGCGAGAGUCUCAUAGCAAUUCUCCAGUGCCUGCCUCACCACCUGCUGAGGAAACACGCUCAUCCAUGCCUCGCAAGAAAGCCCGGCAUGUCCGCACAUAUGUGAGCAAGAUGAAAACUUUCGAUGACGGCUUCGACAUGGAAUCCAUCCCUGUCUAUACGCCCGAUGGUGGUGACGGGGAUGGAGCCCCCUCACAAGCUAUCGAUCUGGAGCCAAUCCAACCUUCUCAGCCCAGUCAAGCUGUGAGCGCAGUGGAAAAUGAAGCAGAUGAUGAAGCUGUUGCAGAUUUACUGCCUGGUUCACGAGCAAUGAAACGCCGCCGUGCAGAGAUGGGUGAAGACCAGCCGGGAGGCCGCGCUUCACGCGUGAAGUCGGAAGCGCCCCCAAAGACGAAGCGUCCCAAACUGGAUGUGUUAAAAGCUGCGCGAAAACACCGCGAAGAGGAAGAGGAGCAACAACGACAGGCUGAUGAGGAUCUACACCCAGCCCAGGAUGUGGAUGUUGAGAAACUAAGAAACCUCGCUAUCGUCGAAGAGAUGGACCUACCCGUUCGGGAACCCAUUGCACGAGGGAAUGAAGGGUCAGAACACUGGGAUGAGCGUUGGAAUGGUCGUAAGAACUUCAAGCGAUUCCGGCGGAAGGGAGAACCCCGACAUGUCCGCCAGCGCAUCCAGAGUGUGAUUGUCCCGCUUGAAGAGGUGACCCGCAAGGACUUCGGCAUCGGGGAGCACUACUGGGUCAGCACUCGCAAGAGCCCUGAGGUGAGCCAGGGUACAGACCGAGAAGACCGACAUGUGUCCGGUCGCGAGGAGCGGGCCCUAUCGCGAUCAGAGAUUUCGAUUCAGCCUUCUGCGACUCCAGACCGGGUUCCUGACUCACAAUCGGCACCCUCUCGCAGUCACACUGAGAAACGGCCCCGAGAAACCCGGGACUCGGACAGUGAUGAAGAGCCUCGUUUCCGAUUUAGGCGCAAACGCUAG